AUGGCAUAUCUUGCAGUAGCUAAUUCUAAAGGAGUAGUCUACCUCACACGUGUUUCUCGUCAAUUACAAUCUCCAAAUUCGGUACAAAUUCAUUCUCAGUUACUUUACCGUGAUGUAGGUAAUAAAUCUACCAUUAGUGCAAUGCAAUGGAGUGAACCAGCUCAUGAUCCUCAGAGUCUUGCUUUAAUCUUGACUAGAUUAGGAGAAGUAGUGGUUUGUCAAAUCCCAGAAUCAGGUCCACCUUCUUUGAAGGUCUGUGAAUUGCCAACUCCCGAUCCAAGACUAGAUUGGGCCAGUAUCACAAACUGGGCACCUUGUACUGGGCUUAGCACGAUUCCGAUUUUCGAACAAACUUCAAUUAUCAUCACACUCUUCAACGGGCUAGUUUAUGUACUUGAUUAUAAUCAUUCUAAUCAUCAAUUAGCUUGCGAUCUUCAACGGUCUUUUCAGCUUUCGUUGGACUUACGAUUCAAGUUUAGAAAGAUUGUGGGUCCUGCUGUUACUAAACAAGAGGUGAUGAGUGGAUGUGAUCCGGCUGAUGAACUAGCUGAUUUAUUUGAAACCCCCAAACCUUGUUUCCGAAUUGCACCUUUGGCAUGUCUUUUACCAGCUCUGUUGUCACUCGAAAGCCCAAGUACAAGAUUAUUAGAAUUACUUGAAGUAGAUAGUUGUGCAAGGAGUGAAACCAAGACUUCCUCAAAAAGAAACCCGAUCAGGAUUGAUUUAUUUGAAAACCCAUUGAUUGAUGGAUUAAGGAUCAAAGCGAAUAUCUGUAGUUAUCUUAUACAUCGAUUUCAUAUCAAUUCAUCAACAAAUCCAUCAGGUUUAAGUCUUGAAGUUUGUGCAACGAUUGUGGAUAGUUAUGUGAAGAUCCGACGUAGGAUAUAUUAUGAAGUCAUUCAGAUUAUUGCAAAGUUUUUUGAAGAAUCGAAUGAUGAUGAACUUUCAGAACGUGAAAAGAUGAUCGCAAGGAGGUAUAAGAGUGCUAGAGAUGUGAUUGGUAACAGACCAGAACCUACGUUACCUCAAUUACUUGCACCGGAUGUACCGUCACAUAGGUUAUCUGAUGCAGAUCGACUGGAAGGUCCGAUCUUGGCUCUACAUGAAGAUUGUCCAGCUUGUGGAAAGAAAAUUGGAUUUGAGAAUUUAUUAAUAGGGAUCUGUGAAGCAGGUCAUGUAUGGGAUCGAUGCGUGAUUAGUUUUGAAGUUUUGGAUCAUAGUCAGUUAAGAGUUUGUGGUGGAUGUGGACGAAAAGUUGGAUUGGGAUUGGGAUCUUUGGAAGAGAUUGUGGAUGGAAGGUGUUGUUUGUAUUGUGGAAAUCGAUGGAAGAUUAAUUGAUUCGAUUCCUCCAUACAAGAUUAAUUUGAUUGUGAAAAGUUUUGGUUUCUUUUUGUUAAUCAAAAUUCAUUAUAUGGUUUUUGUGAGUUGAUCGGUUCAAUUGAAGUGGGUUUUUUCUAUGAUUUUCAUGGUUACAGAUUUCAUUUUCA